UUUUGAAACAGGAAAAGAUAUGGAUGUCAAGACUCGAGAGGCAAAAAGCUUAUCUCCCACCAUAGGCUAAAGCAGUAACGUAAGGCUCUAAUUCACCCAAGAUAACAUGGCCCGCCCCCAAACAAGUCUUUGUUAGAGAAACCGAGGGGCCAUGAAGAAAAAGCCAGAGCUUAGUGAUGAGCAAGAGCUUGAAAUCCUCAAGGCUGUGGCUCAAGCGUGGCAGAGCCACUCCGGCAGCUCUCGGCCGAUGGCGGAGUUUGAUGCCCACAAGCAGAACUUCAAAGGCAAGCCAUCUCGAUUCAGGCAAGAAUUCGAAGCAAUGAGCAGCAAAAAAUCAUCGGAUAAUGGCACCGAGGUUGUAACUUGGGAUUUCGGGCAAUCGUUAUGUGAUUCCUAUGAGAUUGUCACCUUGUCCAAAAGAUUAGAGGCAGGGCUUGUUUCGGAUAACCCGUUUACUGCCUUGAAUGAUCUCGAAGGUCGUGUCCAUAGGAGGCUCAAGGAAAAGGGUAGGAAUAGCCUAAGAAACUUGUUCAAAGUGAUGUCUUCGAGGUUGCACAGCACAACAUCUGUGUUUCCCUGUUCUUUUGAAAAAAGGGAACAGUGCUUCCCCUAAUGCUAUUUUGUUUUCCACACCAUUGCAAGAACACAGAGUAAAGAAACUAUUUAAAUGUUAAAUACUUCUAUUUCUAUGGUUGUUCUUCUUGCAUUAA